UUUUACAGUAUUGACUCUGUUAAGACCGUUGUUGUAAAUAUUGUUUAUUUUCGGGUAUUUCGGGACCUUCUCGUGAAUUAAAGUGUGUGUCGAGUGUUUCGGACAGUGUAAAAAAGUGUGUGCGAUGGUUAUUGUGCCAAAGAACUAAUGGAGACGUCCGUAAUUCGCGUAAAAAUUCCGCCAUAACAGACCGAAAGCCUCCUCUUGACAUGGCAAGAAUGGUUCGCCGCAGAGCGAGUGCUUUUAAUGAAUGAGCCAUGGAAAUAGAGGUAAAACAAAGAAAUAGAAGGCGAAAACGCGCUCAGCGUAUGCAGCAAGAAUUAAAGGAAACAAAAGCUAACAAAGCUAACGCCGACGAAAGUGAGGCCGAAGAUGUCAUCCCGAAAAAGCCCCCCAGACCCCCCAAUCGACGAAAAAAACAAAAGGAACUUCUUAAAGAACCCCUAUGUGAGGAGGAUAUUGUCGAUGGAUUUUCGAUCCUACAGUUUAGGAGCUACGAAGACUUAGAGUUGGUGGUAAAGAUAGCGGCCAAGGAGGGUAUCAAACGUCUUACCGAAGUCGAAAGACCUAAGCUGGAACCCAAAGCGCACAUCACCAACCACAUUUUAGUACAUAAUAAUAAUCAUGGGUUGACUUUAACUCAGGACCCGGCCACUAGCGACGAUAGUGGACGGGCAUCGGAACGACUGACUGGUUCAUCAGUGGCGCCUCGUGACGCUGAUAGUUCCAGGGACCGCCUGAGCGACGCCAGCAGUAGAUGCAGUUCAGGAAAAGGAUAUAUCUGUGAUAGCGAAGGCGAGGACGAUAAGGGUUCCGAUGCCAGUUCUGUGAUCUUCGCCUCGACACCGUCGUCCCGCAAACAUGAGUUUCCCGGAGCCUUACCGCCUAGUUUGCCCCAAAGCCUUCCCCACGGUCCGGGCAGUAGUCCGGUGCCGGCACCGACGCCCCCCAAUUUGCCGGCACCGUCGCCCGCACCCGCGCAGCAGCCGCCGAACCAUCCCGCGCAGUCGAUGCAAUCGGCGACUGCGCCGCCGCCACUUCCGAAAGAUCUGACCGCGCAGUCGACGGUCGGCGCGGUCAAGUCGGAACCGAUGUCCCACGGAAAAAUACCCAUCGGUCAAGUUCCAGACAUCGGAAUGACGGCAGCAGGGCCGCCGCCGACGAUAGUCGCUCCGCAACCACCACCCCCAUCCGUGCCAUUGACGGCGGUAUCGAUGCCUCAGCCCGCGGCAGCGCCCACCACUCAUCACCCGCUGGCACUGGACUCGUCCGGUGCCCAUCCGGGUGUCCACGGACCGAGGACGGACAGUCCGGCUGUCGCGACGUCCGCGAACGCCGCCGUGGCUCCGUCGCCUGGACAGUUUCAUCAUUCCUAUCAGCCCAUCUACGCACCCUACGCCCAUUCUGGCGCGUCAGCAUAUCCUAGUAGCGUGUCAUAUCCCGCGACCAACACGACUAGUAUAUCGCCAUCGGUACCUCCCGCGCAUUCGCAAACGGUUUCCAGCGGUGGUUCUGCGCCGACUCAGUCUCUAGCCGUUCCGAGUUCGAAAUCUCACCACCAAGUCACCGAACAAUCGAGGGAAAAACGUGCGAUAUCUCCUGCGAAACCGACAAUGAGUCCUAGGAUAGAAACUAGGGAGAGGGAGAGUUACAGCAAUGUGACCUCGCUCAGCCGCAGCAGCGUUCAGACGACUGCGGCACCCCAGUACAGCUUUCCAGCCCCAACUACCACAGUGUCUUCUAGUCUAACAGCGGUGUCGGCUUCGCCCGGGCCCGCCGCGCCCCCAGCCCCCCUGGUAGCGAAACCGUGGGCAGCGCCAGCGACCGCGGCCCCAUUGGCGCCGGCGCCGGUGGUCACGCGGCUCAGCCCCGCGCCACCCAGGCCAACGCCGCCGCUGCACACGACCGCGUCGUAUCCCGGCGCGGCUCCUCCACCUAUGUUUGCACCGCCUCCCGUCUCGACCGCUAGUCCGCUCGCGCCAGCAGCCCCGACGGUGGCGCCCAACCCGAAUCCGUUUUCGGCCGAAAGCUUGUUUCAGACCAAUCAGGCGGAUAUGCUGCGCAGAGAGUUGGACAACCGGUUCCUAGCGUCGCAGGAUAGAGCGCUGGGCGUGGCGCCUCCGCCGUAUUUGAGAACGGAAAUGCAUCAGCACCAACAUCACCACACGCACGUGCACCAGCAUACCACGUCGCUGUUACCACCGCCUGGGGCGUCGGCGCUUUUUUCCUCGCAGCUGCCAUUGUCGCCAAUGGAAAGGCUGGCUAGAAGAACUCAAAGCAGUUUUAAGGACAUCACCAAGAUCGGGGCGGUCGAAUCGCCGUUCUAUCGACAGAAUUUGGGCAUGCCGAGUUACGCCGGUUACAAUCCAGGACUGAUCGGUCAUCCCGGUUUGACGACCGGGCCUACGCCGUUCGUCCCACCAAAUCAUUUGCCCACGUUUCAACCGAAGUCAUUGACACCACAAGACCCUUCCAAGCCCAGAAUAUUGAAAUCCGGCAAAUGGAACGCCAUGCACGUGCGUGUGGCGUGGGAGAUCUACCAUCACCAGCAGAAGAGCGGUGAAGCGAAAGGAGUGUUGGCGGCGGCAGCGGCGGCGGCCACGAAGACGGCGGCCAGCGAUCUGCUGCGCACUCCAUCGCAUCUCUUCUCGCCCAGCGUCCAUUCGUCGGUACGACCGCACGAAUUGGCUCCGUUCCCACCUUCCGCGUUGACCGCUCACAGACCGCCCGGUUUCGAACAACCGCCACACCACGCGGGGUCGCUAUUUUCUGCACCGGCGACACAUUUAGGCAAAUCUCCAUUCUCUGCCGCAUCGUCGAUGUCUCCCUUUACGCGUUACGGUGCCGCUUCGCUUGGACCCUCCGCAUCGUCACCGUUCUCCGUUUCCCCGUUCGGAGCGUCGCGCGAGAGUCAUCUGGGUCUGGGACCGCUUCACCACGACCCCUGGAGAACUCUGCAGAGAACGAUGCCGGCGUUCCCGCCGGCGGUGAAUCCCCUACCACCAACGCUUCCCGGAUUACCACCAGGCCCGGCGCCUUGGACCAUAAAACCCGAUCCCGUUCUGGAACAGAGGGAACGCGAAGCGAGAGAACGGGAGGAAAGGGAACGGGAACGACUCAGAAGGGAAAGAGAGGAGCGGGAGAGACGCGAGAGGGAGGAGAAACAACGACGUCUCGAGCAGCAGCAACAGGAGAGGGAACGGGAGCGCAGGGAGAAGGAACGACGCGAAAUGGAACGGCGCGAAAACGAGAGGAGGGAGAGAGAAAGGGAAAUGAUGCUGCAUCAGCAGCGGUUGGCGGCCGAAUCCGCCGCCAAACAAAUUGCCCCGCCUGUGAUACGAGAUCGCUCCCCGCUGAGGAACGGUCAACCCGAUCUGUCUGAGAUUAGAGUCAAGGAGGAACCGAGGAGUAAGGAGGAGGACCUGUUGGCUCGCGGCGAUCCGAGAGGCGCACCGAAUUUCAGGUACCACCAUCCGUUCCUGCGACACCCGGGCAGCUUGCAACCGCCCCCGCCGUCGGUGCUCGACCGUUCGCGAAUGUUGGCGCACGCGUUACCGUCGCAUUAUCCGCCGGCCGCGACGCACUGGCCGCCCCACACGGUCGCAGCCGAUCCCUUUUACAGAUACGGCUACAGUCCGCUCAUGGAUCAGAUGAGGAUGCAAGACGAUCGGGCGGCAGCGAGUUUCUUCGCCGCCUACGGCCACCCGGCCCACCACCCUAGCCAGCUCAGGCCUAAAGACCCGUCGCUGUUGCAUUUGAGAGGCGGUCCGGGACCGCCGCCGCCGCCGCCCGUGCACAAAAUGAGCGCCACGCCGCCUACGGACCUUCACAAGAAAGAAGAGCCGCGAUAGCAACCGGAGGGUAACCAUCAUCAUCAUCAGUCGUUGAAGUAGUUCGCAACGUUUCGAUAGUUUCGCUGUCGAACGAAAUGUAAUGAGUUUUUUUUAUCGGACUGCGCGUUUUGCGGGGGCAUAAUUACGCGAGUUUCAGGAAACCAAAAAGGAAAUGAAGCGCAUUUUGGGCUCGAAAUUUUUUUUCUCAUCAAUUACUUUUUGGAAAUAUUUCUAGGUUUCAAAAUCAUCAGCGCGGAAUUCGCAACAUGUCGUCUCUGUUUAUUGUUUAUAUAUAUACUUAGGAGUUACAUUAAAUAUCAUUUCCACGUUGCCUUUUCUAAUUGCUGAAACUUGUUGCGUGGGUAUUCAAACCCCAAUAUUCUCCACAGAUAAAAGCAAGAAUGCAAUGACCAGCCUCCGUAAAAUAACUCUGCACGUUACUAAAUGUCACCCUGUCCAUCCAAAAUAAAGGACGUAAUAUCAAGAAAUUAACUUACUCAAAAAUUAAUUUUUCUAACCCCUAACACGCUAUUAGUGAUGACGUAGGAUCGGCCAUUUUGGUUGGUAACUGUCAACAUUUGGGAUCCAAACAGAACGAUUCGCAACAUAAUAAGUGAGUUUUUGUGCGGUUUGUAAUUAUUAAGGACUAUUUAACAGAUUCCCUAACUUUACAAUUGCUACCCUGUAUCAAAACUGCAAAUGCAACGGCUUUAGAGUAAUUUAUUGAAAACGAAAAUAUAACCCAUAGUCCUAAAAAAUGUUCAAGUUCAAACUACCGACAACUGACGUCACUCUAAUAUAGUAUAUUUGAAAUAGAACCAACAUCAUUUUCAGUUGGCGUCAGAAAAAGUGCUACAUUACCAAGUUGCUGGAACUUCUUGCCUGUAAUUAAAGUCCAAUUUUGCGUUGCAACAAAUUGCUGCAUCUUCUAGUUGCUACAAGUUGGUGCAAACCUUUAAAACAAUAACUUCGCAAGUUGCUAAAUCUCACUGACCAAAAUAUACCCUAACCUUACCAUGCUAAUUGUCCUAUCCCAAAAAGCUCAUAAAGUACGCAAAAAUUAACAUAACUUUACCGAAUAAAAAUUAAUUUUUGUAACCACAAUUUAAAAUACAUGUAAAUUUUCACGUGGCAACAAAAAAAAAUACCAAAUCUCAGCCGCAGCGAUAAAUCGCAUCGUUUUUAACGUUUCUUUCAUACAUGUAAUUCAACAAAUAUUAAUUUUGACACUCAACAACAUACGGUUUGGAAAAUUAGUACAUUCUGAAUAGUUGGAAAGAUAUUUAAAAAUAUCUAUUUUUUACUUACCUUCCACUUGGAUUGGUAAUCAUACGUUUUUGAGUAAACGCCUUCCAAACGCAGUUGAAAUGUUCGUCUCAAAAAUAAUAAUUAUUAAAUAUUAGGUGAGCAAGGUAAGAAGUUACAUAAUUCACGAAAAAAAAUUGUUUUGUGCCAUAUUGCCAGUAGGUACUUAGCAAUAGGAAUGUUUUCAUUGUUAUCUUUGAGUUACAGAAAAAAUGCUAAGUUUGUAUUCUAUAGGUAAUACAAGAAACACACCCUUUUGUCAAAACCAAAAUUUAAUUUAAGAAACGGGUAACAUGUUCCGCCUAAAAAGGUAUUAUCAGACUAACAUGAAUUAAAAAGAAACAACACGCAUAGAAAAGAAAAGCAAAUAAAGCCAAAACGCCAAAAAAGUAAGAACUAAAGAAAAUUAAUCAGAUAAGGGGAAAAAAUAUAAGUGAAGUGAAAUAAAAAUUCACUCAGAGAUGAAAUGUCGAAUUUUAAAUUUUUUGACAAUUGGCUGACGCAAAUGUUUUAGAAAAAAGCACAGAAAAAAUGCUAAACUUUGUCGCCUCUGCAGAACGCGUUACUUCGAGGUUUUCAAACGCAAAAAUAUAACAAAGGCUUUUUGUAUUAUGUAGGGUGUAAUGAAACGUGCUUUGUCAUAUUUUUAAGGGUAACAAAAAUUGUCGAUAAAACGAGUACAAUGUAAACCUAACGAACAAGCACCUUUCGAUUGCAACCAAAAAACGUUCUGUUAAUGAUCUCAUAUAAGUAGCAUAAUCAAAAGAGGGGCCCGGCAGCGGCGUCUCGGAAGAUAUUUUUACAGUCAUUUUUGUAACGUAGAAUUAAUGGAUACCGAAAGAUGGACGGUUGAAACAGGAGGGGGCGUUAGAUUUCGGUCAGCUUUAAAUUAGUUAAAAAUCAAUUAAUUGUUCGGAGCAAAUUAUAAAAUAGCAAUAUUUUUGGAAUUCGUGUAUAUUCGGAAUUCCCGCAUUUCAACCAAAUUCAUCCAUCUAUCGCGUAGAAGCCGUGACACAUCCCUAGAGACAUUCACGUUCGAAAUACUGUAACGAGGAUAAUGCUUUAAAUAGUUUCUGUUGCUACCACGACGAUGGAGGGGGUCGAGGGGGUUUUGCGCAGAAUGUUUUGCUCGUUUACUCUAGUCAUUAUUUUUGAAAUUACUUGUUUUAAUAUAUCUGCGGGUGCGUUCGUGAAAAAUAUACAAAUUUGCAGAAACAGUGACCUCCGAACGUUAACAUUUCAAAACCCCUAAUGAUUACGAUUGCAUUUUUUUUACAAAACAUUCUGCACAUUAAAAGUUUCCCUCGCGAUUAAAAAAAAAAACUAGCGAAGAAAAUACUGCCUGUAUCCUGUAAAUAGUAUAUUUUAAAAUGAGAAUGAAGCUUAACGGGAGAAAGUUAGAGAUUGGUCGUGAACUAUUCACCACAAAAACCGACCGGGUUGCCACAAAUCGAGCGCGUUUUAUUUUUCAAAAAUUUGGUGUGAUUCUAGCGAAUUUACUCGAUUCGAUUGUUGCAAAACGCGUCGGUUUAUAAAUGUCUAACGUAAUCCGCAUUUCGAGGACGCAAUAAAAUCUUUGCUCUUAUUUAUUUUUUCGUUGUGUAUAUAAUAUUUUUUAAAUAGGCAAUUUAUUUAUUAAGACUGAUGAUAUGUCAUCUAUUUUGUGUAUAGUAAUUUUUAUUUAACUUGUAAUUGUGGCGUUUUUGGUCCCUAUUUAUUUAUUAUAUUCGCGUUUCGAUUUCGUGAGACGUUUUGAAAAGUAUGUGCCGCCUUAUUGUCCAGAUUUUAAGGUAUUAGACGGACCAAGAGCAUUUUUUUUUCUUAGUAUGAAUGAUCACACAGUAUUAUUAAAUUUACGACAGUUUUGAUUUAUGUAUUGGAGCGGACCAAAUUUUGGGGGUUUUUUAAUAUAGGGUCGCACAUACUUUAUUACUUUAAUAAUGUUCUUUUGGAAGAACAACCGGAGCCAAAAAAAUAUCAAAAUUAUCCGCGAACAAAUCAAAAUUUUUGCCCGAAACUUAUUUGUUGUUGGAGGUUUUCCGUCGAGGCGCGUAAAAUUUUUGGCUCUGGUACCGCUUACAAAAAAAAUAUCCGAAACGGAACUAAGAUGUAAGAUUAUAAAAUUAAAAAUCGCGUGUAAAUACUCUCGCCUUUUUAAAGUUUAUGUAGAUAACAGAGAAUCAUUGUGCUCCCUGGAUGUUUGUUAGAGAAAAAUACAAUUUUUUAUGUGUACGAUUCUAAUAUGAAUCGAAGUGAUGUAAUAUAAUAAAUACUGUUUCUAUAAUAGUAGAAACACUUA